ACAGGUUUCUGUUGCUUUAGUGGUAUAAAUGCACAUAGGGCAGUGCUGCAAGUCACCCGUGCAGGCCAAGCUAAGUCAAACCCCUGUGUGAGCAGGAGACACCAGAGUGCAAAAUGGGACCUUUACGAAGAGGAAGCCUGAUGGGACAGGUAUAUUUUUCAAAAAUGGGUGCAAAUAGUAUGUGUAAUGAGUUGUUUCAGCUAUUAGAAAAAAUCAUGGUUAUCUCUUGUAUCUUCUAUGCCCACUUGAGAAUUUGGGUACACCUGAAGAAAGAUGCAUGGUACCAUACUGUAUAGGUUGGGGGUUUUUUUUGAAGGCCACUAUAAAUAUGUUAGGCUGAUAAGUGUAGCAAGCAAAAUGAGGUGUAAUUGAUUAUGUGUCAUUACAUUGCUUUCUUCAGCCUUUAAGUUGUGAAGAACACAAAGCAGGGCAGAAAGGUGGGGUCAGCAGCAGCAGUUGUGAGUGGUCAAAAGCCAUGUAGGGCUGCCGUUCCUAUUGUGCAUAAGCUCAGAUUGUUAGCAGGAAACUUCAUAGUAGCCAUGUGACUAAUGCUAAGAGGUGGAAAAGUUAUGGGGCAGAGAGAUAAUCAGGCUUGACCAGGAAGAGCUUUGAAGGUGAGGGAUUUGCUUCGGAUGUUGAGGUUCAAGCAUACCUCAAAUAUGCAAAAAUGUGAAACUGAUGGGGAAUUCUUUUAUGGCACAGUAUCCUGUCCAUGUUGCUUGUGUGUCAUGCUUACCUUUGUCAAAAAGAAUCCUUGUUAUGCUUGUAUGAGUCUGGUGUCAUUUUAUACAUACAGAGAGCUGGAUUUAGGUUUGAUGAGGCCCUAAGCUACUGAAGGUAAUGAGGCCCUUUAUAUGUCCAGCUGUCCUUUGUCAACAACAAAUUGUCACUGUUUUUUGUGUUGAAUAUAUGCUAUAUGGUAAUUUCUGGACCUAAUAGGUAUCUAAAGCCAUUUGCACAUAACAAAUAGGAGCCUACACAACACAAAACACUGCUGCUAUAGGUUCUAUUUUAUUUGUUUUUUAUCUUAUACUUCGGAAAUGUACAUCAGUUUUUUUUCCUUUUACUUUUUUGGGGGCCCCCAAGAGAGAGGGGCUCUAAGCUAUAGCUUGUUUAGCUUAUAGGUAAAUCUGGCACAGAGCUCUAACAGUUGUAGCCGGUCAGAAAAUACAGGAAGCGCCUAUUCCCUUCUUGAAAGCCUCCCAGGGGCAACGCCUGCUUGGAGGCGGCAGCUACUAAUGCCAAGAGCAGGCAUAGGCAAACUCCGGCCCUCCAGAUGUUUGGAACUACAAUUCCCAUCAUCCCUGACCACUGGUCCUGUUAGCUAGGGAUCAUGGGGAUUGUAGUCCCAAACAUCUGGAGGGCCGGAGUUUGCCUAUGCCUGGCCAAGAGGAUGUCUGCCACAAUAGGCAUUUCGCCCAAUUCAUCAAAGCACUUCUUACGCUGUCCUCUCAAGCUCUGGUUCUGGAUGCCGCACUCCGAGCUGCGCGGCGGCUGAACUCCCAGCUGCUACUGCUACUUAGCCAGGGGCGAGGGAGGCACUCUGCACAUGCUCAGGCGCAAAAGGGCAUAAAACAAACCGCCCCCCUCCCGUGGCGGGGUCUCCCAUUCUCGGCCACUUGUCAGGCAGAGAUUCACCAGGUGAAGCCCUGCCCACAUUCCUGGGAAGGCGAACGCGCCAGCGCCGCCCACUCCGCCGCACGCGCAUCGAGGGAAGCGGGUCACGUGGAGGAACAAAGCCACCGUCACGUGACCCGCUUCCAGUCGCUGGAGAAGAAGGAGAAGCGGCGACAUGGUGGCGGCCAAGCGGGCGCUCCCGCGGCUGGUGGCUUCGCUGCGGCCGGUGAGCGGGAGAGCAGAGCUGAGGCGGGUCCAGGUUGGGAAGUGGGACGUUGCUGCUGCUGCCGCUUCGGGCGCUGCGGUUGUGGCGGCUCUCCGUGGGGAGAGGUGUCCCUAAGCUGCCCUGGCAGCUGCUAUGGGGUGUCCUGCGAACGGCAGGGGCCACCUCCAGUUGUUUUCUAUAUCGUCCCCAGACAGGCUGCUUUUAGGGCCUGUGGGGAGGGCACGCUUCAGGUUACUUGUUGCACUGCAACCUCCCGAGCUCCAGCAGCUGCAGCCCAGUGUGCAAGGUAAACACUUGCAAAGGCGCGCAGAUUGAGACUGGCAAGAGCAACAAUUGCGCCUUUGCCGGAGAAUGGUAGAGGUCCGUUUCGUUUACAAGUUCUCCAGAAAAACAAAGACCAGUUCCAAAGGUUUUUACUAACUUGUGAAUCACUGAACAAGAACAUGUUUUAUGUACAGGAAUAUAGGGUUUUUUUAAAUGAUGCACUUACCCAGGGGUCUCUGGGGAAAUACAUGAAUAAAGUGCUGUGAGGCAUGAAUAAUCAUUUGGAGGUGGGCUUAUAGUCCUUCCACGCACAAACCCAUUCCAGUUUAAGCUUUCUUCAUUUCAGGAUAUUAGGAUUCACGCCCCUCUCCGGGGAUGACAUUUUGUUGUUGCUAUUCUGAAACAAUUGGGAGUCCUUGCUGAUCUACUGUAAAUCUCCCAGAGAUCUACCAGUACUGUAGAUCAUGGUCUACAUUCUGCCCACCCUUCCAAAAAUGCUAGAAGGGCAGAUGUCAAGCUUAGUUGAAUCUACUCUAUAAUUUGGGUUUUGCCCUCCGUGAAUUGGUUUUAACCUCUAUGAAUUUGUCCUGAACCCCAUUUAAAGCCAUCCAAAUUGGUGACCAUCGCUACAUCCUUUAGUUUAGCUAUGUACUGUACCAAGAUGGACUUCCGUAUGUCUUUUCAUUAUUUAUUCAUCAGGCAUGUUGACUGAUAAGAACAUUGUGAAAAUGUAUUGUUCAUCCCAGUUGUAAAUAAAUAAAUUUAUCAUUUUUUCCCCUCUACAGCUCAGCUCCACAGCAGCUGGUACGCUUCCCAAAUAUGUGAAAAUAGUUGAGGUCGGUCCAAGAGAUGGCUUGCAAAAUGAAAAGGUAAAUGACUCCUGAUAAGCUAUUUGUCUUGUCGUGAAACCUACAGUAGUUUGUUCUCAUGAACCUGCUCUUUCAACAUCUGUGCUGUUUUGAUUUUGCUGCCAACUAGAACAUGGGUCACAGCUCAAAAAUUCCAUCCUCAGCUUUUCACCCUACUUUGUUUCUGGCAAUUCCUGUAUAUUGAUCACUAGAAAUGCGUCAAUCCAGGCUGAUGGGUCACAUUAGACUCACCUCAGAGACUUACGCCUGGGCAAACUACAGUCUCUGCUGCUCAAUUUCUCAUUUGUUCAUUUCAAUACAGCAGCUUAUAUAAAUUAAAUCAGUCUGUGAAAUGGGUACAACCUACUGCUCAGAUGAUGCAAAGAUGCCAUGGACCAUCAUAAGGAGCACCUGGAGAGAUAACAUUUCAUAACAUGCUCUAAUCUAACAUUUUGUUAUCUUUGUUGCAUUUCAUCAGAUUCAUAUGAGCAUGCACAGUAGUAUGUAUAAUGUUUGCAGGCUCUGGUUGAAAAGCACUCUGCAUUACACAGACCUUGAUAGUUUCAAUUUUUAAGGAUUUAAGGUGGCAUUGUGAUGAGGAGACUGGCACCCUAAUGAGUGAUGCUGACAAUAACAUGUAGUAUUUAUGUCCCUCUUUCUUUGCUCAAAAUGCUUUUGCAUACCUUAUUUUUGUUCAAACAGCAAACAUGUAAGGUAGGUCAGUGGUGGUGUACCCAUAUUGCAGAUGGGAGAUUGAGGCUCAGAGAAUAGUCUGCCCUAAACUACUUCCAUAGCAGAGGCAAGAUUUGAACUGGGCUCUUCCUGGUUCAUAGCAACCUUAGCUUCUUAGCCACUACAUUUUACCAGCUCUUGCCUUGAAAUGGCAUAAUUCAGAAAUAUCGAAGGAUUUCUGUACUAGGAGGAGAAGCUGCAAGAGCCCAGGCAUGAAGUCAGAAUUGUCCUGUCUGCCUCUGGCUUCAGUGGGAGUCUUUUCAGCUUGUAGGAUGUGUAUGGUUUUGUUUAUGCCUGUGAACCAUAUCUUGGAAGUUCCAUUGGGGGAUUUUAGCAGUCUUACCUGCACCCCAUGGAGAUACUGACUUCAUAAAGGCAUAAUGAAAAAUCCUGUUGGAAUACCAAGAAUACGUCCCCCUCAGGCCAGUGUUCUGUCUAGCCCCACACCCAGAUUCCCAAGUGGCCCACACAGUGCCCCUGAGAAGCCCACAUGAGAAUAAUGGGCCUCUCCUGCUGCUUUUGCUUCACAGCAACUGGUAUUCAGAGGCAUAAUGCUUCUAAACUGGAAGGUUGCUUAUUGGCAUCUUGACUAGCAGCCAUUGAUAGACCACUUCUCCUCCCUGAAUUUUUCCGAUCCUCUUCUAAAGCUAUUUAAUCAUUGCAGGUAGCCAACUAGAUAAAACAGUACAAGUUCUGAUCUACGGUAACUGUGGAGAGGGGGAAAUAUCUCCAAAUACACAGAGUCAGAGCCAGGGAGUUUGUUUAAGGCUUGAUAUGAAUGUUUACCCAUUGCAAAGUCUGUCCAGCAUUACCACGUUGCAAAACAGGAAAUCUUUGUCCCUCUGGCAGGCUGUGUGGUAUGCAAUACUCACAGUGAUGCAAAAUUGACUAACCACGUAAGCUCCACUGAGUUCAGUGUGGCCAGUUCUUACGUAUUUAUUGUUUAUUAUAAUAGGAGAUUUUUAGUCUUCUCCAUUCUCAAAAGCUCAAGGUCAGAUGCAGUUUAAAAAUUAAAGAAAUGCAAAAAGGUUGUGGUAAUUCAUCUAUCUGUAAAAAAUAAUAAUAAGAUCAUUGUAUCAAGAUCCCAGCCAUUUCCACUCCCUUGUCUCCAAUAAGAGGCAUCCUUCUUGCCUUCCAGUUUGUGAUCCUCCACCUCAGUGGCCUUCCCCAACCCUUCGAAGCCACUUUUGUUCUACUUCAGGGAAGGGUUUGAUUAGACUUUCUGGAAGGGAUUGUGGAAUUGCUAUAAGUGGGAAAUGUGUUUCUCUCUUUUUGUAGAACAUCGUCCCCACCCAUGUGAAAAUUGACUUAAUCAACAUGCUGUCGGAAACGGGUCUUUCGGUCAUAGAAGCUACCAGUUUUGUGUCUCCCAAAUGGAUUCCUCAGGUCAGUAUGGGUGAGCCUCAAAUUCACGUUGCUGACGUGUGAGUCUCAUAGUGGGAUGCAGUAAAGAGAGCGGGUCCCUGCUUCUCCCGUAACCUUGCUGGGUGGCUUAGAUAAAUUACUGUGUCUCAACUUGGUUUCUUUCAUAGGCUGCAUUUACAUAGAGGUAAUUCCAAACUAUAGUUUAGUGCAGGUCUGGGAAGCUGGGAGCCAUUCUCUGAUUCUCAGGACUUCCCCCCCAGGGCUGCUAAGCGUAAUGUGGCUAUGCAGCAAUUUAACACAGCAGCAUGCAGAGGCGGUUGUUUCUGUUAUAAAAAGUUUCUGAUCUUCGUAGAUUACUGAGCAUUGUUCUUAAAGCCACCUGUUAUUGUAAAACAUUGUUCAGAAAGCUAGAGUCCCUCUUUAAAAACCAGCUAAUAAUGGAAGCGGAGAUUGCAAGAGGAGUCUGCUUUUCAUUGAGGAAAGUCUGUCUUGAAUAUGCCAACAUUUUAAAAAUACUUUUCAUUUGCCGCCUAACAAUCCUAUUUCUUUUUCUCAUUUUGGUCUGCGGGGGUUUGGAAGCUUUAAGGUGCUCCCCUCUUUUACAGUGGAAAAUUAAAAUCCUGUAUUCUCCGUUCUUUGUUUUGCAACUUAGAUGGCUGAUCAUACUGAAGUCAUGCAAGGGAUUCGGAAGGUUCCUGGGAUCAGCUACCCUGUUUUGACUCCCAACCUCAAAGGCUUCCAAGCAGCGGUAAGGAAGAUGGCAGUGCAGAAGCUCUGAGGCCAUGGCUUUAGUAGUGAGAAAUACACAACUAUGACUAUAAUUUCAUAUCCUGUUCCUGGUAUGGUGCACCUGGACAGGCAGCUCAUUUAUUUAAAUAGGGGAGGCACAUCUCUCCCACCCACCCCCCCGAAUUGAACUCAGUGAAGGUGCUUGUAUAUGUAAAAACCUGUAGGCCAUGCUGGGAAAAGUCUCUCCAGCAUCACAGGAAUCUUAAUUAGCUCAAUGUAGCCUUUAAUCGGAUCAACUAGACCCAUUUUGGUACGAUUUUUGUACAUUAUUUAUUUGUUGAUUGUAUUGAUUUAGUUAAUUUUUUCCAGAAAGGUGAACUCAGGGUGACUUACAAAUAAGAACUUUAAAAAUGAAUGAAAAGAAGAAUAAACACAACCUAAAAUGGUUGUGCCAAUAAUACAUAUAGUAGAUCAGAUCCACCCCACUAAGACAGAGGUUCCCUACUCUGCACCUUGCAAAGGCUUUCACUGCUGUCCCAGGCUCUAAGUUUUUUUAUAAAAAACAACAACAACCCAGUCUCUAUUCCUCAUAGGAAGAAAGUUUUGGGGCAAAAUGUUUAGGUACCUUCUAAUCAAUUUCUGUGAAAUGAGAGCGAGUGUGAUGUCGCCACCUGGUGCUGCGAAAUGCCUUCUGUUAUUACACAGUAACAUCAUUUAUACGUGUAGAAUCAAUAUUACGUGAUCUCCACAACCAGGAGCAGCUGGACAUAGCUGACUUCCCAUGGUUAGGUUAAGGUUGUUAGGGAGGUACCAUACUUUUCUGUCUAUAACACGCCCCUGUGUAUAAAACUACCCCUCAAAUUUUAGAAAAAGGGAGUAGAUGGCUCAGAGUUGUUGAGCUUUUUUUUUGCCAAAAUGUGCUCACCGACACGCGAUGCGAAGUCAGCCUCCUAUCUGUCCCAUCGCCAGCAGAAGCUGCCAAUUGCCCACCCAACUGCUAGGAUAUCAGCCAAUCAACACCGUUCAUUGACGCAGCAACCAAUAACAUGCAGAAUAGUGAUUGACAGCCGCGGCAGCAACUAAUCAAUCAUCCACCCUAUGUACUACCCAUGUAUAAGACAACCCCCACUUUUUAGCAUAAUUUUUAAAGAAAUAAACACAGUCUUAUACACGGAAAAGUACAAUAAUUAAUUUUGAGUUAUGCCACGCCGCCCAUAGCCAUUUUGUGACUGGCCCCCCACAGCGCUUCUCAACAUUCAAAAAGUGCCCCCGAUCCAAAAAGGUUGGCGACCCCUGCGUUAAAAGAUAAGCAGAAAAUCAAGAUUGCUUGCAGUCACUACCUGAGUUUGAAAAUUAAAUUGUUGUCACUCACCAGCACCUGAGUUCACUUAUCAGAGGGAGUGAUAUAUAGGGCAUAUUCCCUGUAUUGGCAGGUGGCAGCAGGAGCUAAGGAGGUGUCAAUCUUCGGGGCAGCAUCAGAACUUUUCACAAAGAAGAACAUCAACUGUUCCAUUGAGGAGAGUCUGGACAGAUUCAGUGACGUCCUGAGUGCAGCUAGAGAAACCAGCAUCCCAGUCCGAGGGUAAGCUUUAGGGCUAUGUGCUAACUGAGGUGUUGAACGUUCCUCUCUACCUGCUAAUCUACCGUGAUUUAUUUAUUAUUGUUAUAUUUACAUUUACAAAUGGACUGGUGAAGUUCGGGAGAGGGGAGGGGAUUCAGAACCAAAAUACUGGACCAUCUCUGAGAUGGCCUGAAGGAGCUUUCCAUAACGCGGUCCUGAUGAGCCAUAAUUGGGGGGGGGUGGCCAUUGGUCACUGUCUUUCAUGUAUGUGAGGAAUUAGCUGCCACUCCCCAGUAGGUGAGUGAGGGAGCUCUUCACAUUUUAUGUGAUGGAGUGAAGAUUCUCGUGUAUAUAACAGGCUGCGGUGAGGUUUUCAUACGACAGGCUUGGUCGUAAAUCCCUAGGAGCUACUCUUACUCUGCAAAUGAUUUAUAGGUCAUGUGUGAGGCUGGUGGUCUGAGGCUGCCAUUCUGGUUGUGUAAAAGGCAUUUGAAACUCCUGCAUGUAUUGGGUUUAAUAAUGCCUGUUUUUCCCCCCCUGCAUGCAGGUAUGUCUCCUGUGUCCUUGGCUGCCCAUAUGAAGGCAAGAUUUCUCCUGCUAAAGUAGCAGAAGUGAGUAUACUAAAAGGCAUUUGUGGGCUGUGGUGGCCUUCUGUAUUUGAUAUUCUUGGUAACCUCAGUCACGCAUCAGCACUGCAUGUUGCAGCUGCCAUCGUUUCAGUUCUCAUUGCAAGGUGGAAAAAGCAAAAGGCGCCUUUUUCAAGAUGGAAUUGCAUUUUGCAAAGAGCAUAGGGCUGCCAUCCCAAAUGGCAGCCCUGUAUUAAGUUGGUACGUGUAUAUAUGUGAUAUAGGCACACACACACACACACCCCAUUCACCUUGCACUGUGUUCUGACAGCAGUGCAAGGAUGGGAAGAGCCCAGUACUGGGCCAGGUGAAAGAAUGGGUUGACUUAGUAAAAGGCAGCUGCAUGUAUUUUAUCCUCACCACCAGCAGCCAACAAUGCGAAGAGCAGGAGAACACACACUGUAAUAUUGAGACAUGGGGUGAACGGAAGUAUAUGUUAUGCAAAGGGAGGAUGGAACUCAGCCAGGGGCUCCCGCUUUUUGCUUUGUCCCUGUGCUCUUUACAUUGUGUAGCUCAAACUUUAAAUGGUAGGUCUGCAUGGGGAGCGCAGUAGUAGAGCACAUGCUUUGCUGCGCAGAAAGUCACAGAUUCGGUCACUACCCUCUCUAAGUAGGUCUGGGGACAGCCCUGUCUGAGAUCCUGUAGAGCCACUGCCACUCACUCUAAACCAGGGUUUCCCAAAUGUGGGUCUCCAGCUGUUUUUGGACUACAACUCCCAUCAUCCCUACCUAGUAGGACUCGUGGUCAGGGAUGAUGGGAGUUGUAGCCCAAAAGCAGCUGGAGACGUAAGUUUGGGAAACUCUGCUCUAAACAACAGUGAGCUAGAUGGGCCAGUGGUCUGAGUUGGUGUCAGGCAGCUUCACGUGUUGGAAAUUCUGUAAAUGUUCUGUUCUCUGCUGCAGGUUUCAAAGAAAAUGUAUGCCAUGGGGUGCUACGAGAUUUCCCUUGGGGAUACCAUUGGCGUUGGGACCCCCGGCAACAUGAAGGACAUGCUCUCUGCUGUCAUGAAGGAGGUGCCUCUUGGAGCACUGGCUGUUCACUGCCAUGACACUUAUGGGCAGGCACUCGCCAACACACUGGUAGCGCUUCAGGUGACGUCCUCGCUGUUUUCAUAGCUCAAGACAAAAUUCACUAAAAUGGGUGGCACAAAUCAACCGAUCCAAUCCACUUGCUAGCCAUGAACAAGCCCUGGUCAUUGGCCAAUCUUGCCUGAGAUAGAGAUUAUCUAUUUAUUUUGACUGUUUAUGUAUCACUUAAUUAGAAUUGCCUGUAAGCCAUGUACAAGAAAAUAAAUUGAAACAAACGAAAGAUUAGAAUUCUGUUAAAAUGCCUGCUGGAAUAAAAAGCAGUCUUCAGUAGUAAGUAGUAACAAAGAGGGGACCUGUCUGACCUCAGCUGGAAGGAAGUUCUAUAAAAUUGGGUCCUCUGAAUGCACAGCCUCUGGCACAUAUAAGCCGUGCAUCUGAGCCAUGGGGGACCACUAACAGUUACUCUCCAAAGAGCUCAGUGACCUGGAAUGAAUAAAAGGGUCCCUGGGACAUGUUUUGGCCCCACAAAAGGCAUUCGGACUACAUAUAAAACAGGAUCCACGCAGAAGGAAUGCUCUUGGGAGCCUUUCCAGCAUACAUCCACCUUCCCCUAACCAUACAAGAAUUUCUGAUACCCUGGAAGAAAGGGAGGCGACCUAUUUUUAUUUUAUUUUUUGCAAAAGAAAAGGGAGGCAGAACCCCUUACCUGGAUUUUCAGUCUAAUUCAGCGAUGGGAAACCUGUGGCUUUCCCAGUUGUUGGCUCACAGCUCCCCUCAUCCCUGGCCAUUGGCCAUGCUGGUUGGGACUGAUGCGAGCUAGGAACCACCCGCAUCAAGAGGGCCACCGCUUCCACAUCCCUGGUCUAGUUAAUCAGCCCAUAAGUGGCUAUUUCACUGGACGGACCAGGCAGGACUUUUCCUUAGAACGUCUCUGCUUCUGUUUGCAGAUGGGCGUGAAUGUGGUCGAUUCCUCAGUCGCUGGCCUUGGUGGCUGCCCCUAUGCCCAAGGAGCAUCUGGGAAUGUGGCGACAGAAGACAUGGUGUACAUGCUCAACGGUCUUGGCAUCCACACUGUAAGUACUUGGUCAUAGGAGGGGGACACACUUGUCUUGGCUUUGGGAGUUAGUACCAGGCUUUGCUUUGAUAGAGAUGGGUGUCUGUGGCCCUCAUUGGCUGAUCAGCUGCUAUUGUACUUGAUGUCUCUCUUAACUAGAGCAUCCAGCCAAGCUUUAUCUGCCACUGUGUGUAAAGUUGUAUAUGUGUUGGAAACAGGUUGUGUGAAGUUUUACUACAUGUGGUCACUGCAUGACUUGCCUGAAAAUUAUAUUCUUCUGAGUAAGAGAUGUAUCUUUGGUCACCUUCAUACCAUCCAUUUAAAGCACUCCUAUGCCACUUUUAAGUCUAUCCCCACCCCCAACAAAUCCUGGGAACUGCAUUUUGUUAGGGGUGUGCAUAGUUGUCAGGUGUAGCUUUGUGGGGGAAAUUUGUUGUUUGGUUGUUUAGUCGUGUCCGACUCUUCGUGACCCCCUGGACCAGAGCACGCCAGGCACUCCUGUCUUCCACUGCCUCCCACAGUUUGGUCAAACUCAUGUUCGUAGCUUCGAGAACACUGUCCAACCAUCUCGUCCUCUGUCGUCCCCUUCUUCUUGUGCCCUCCAUCUUUCCCAACAUCGGGGUCUUUUCCAGGGAGUCUUCUCUUCUCAUGGUGGGGGAAAUAGGGGUCUCCUAAUGAGCUCUGUUAACAAACUACAUUUCCCUGGAUACUUUGACGGAAGCCCUGGUGGUUAACACAGUAUAGGUGUACUUUAAAUUCAUGGUGCGGAUGUGACCUCUGAGGAAGAGCACAUGUUUUUGGGUGUAGAUGGUCUUAGGUUCAAUUCUCUGCAUCUCCCCUUUUUUUAAAAAAAGAAAGAAAGUGGGAGGACCUCAGUUUACUGGGCUAGAAAGACCAGUGUCUGAAUCUUUGGACAGCAGCUGACAGUCUAAAGAGCAGGCAGUACUAGACUAGAUGGACAAAUGAUCUGACGUCAUUUAAUGCAGCUUUGUAUGUUCAAGUAAGCAGCUGUGUCUCUUCUUCCCUAUGAAGGGUGUGGACCUCACGAAACUUCUAGACGCAGGAACCUUUAUUUGCAAGGCGUUGAACAGGAGGACCAAUUCGAAAGUGGCACAGGCCUCCUGCAAACUGUGAAGCAGAGCAGCGCCUUUACGGGACUUGUUGGAAGCAAAACUACAAGCGACACUCUGGAAUCUGCCAUGUUUGCACUUGGUCUCCUCUCCUAACUUUAUUUAAGCACUCUCCGGACUCGACGGCAGGAAGAUGAGUCAGCCAAAUUUUACCCUGAAAAGAGACAUUAAAAAAAGUAGUCUAAAGCACUGUAUUUGCACUUGGUUGGAUAUCUUGGGCUUCGCAAAGAACCUGAGUCCUUUCCACUGGUCACAACUUGCCUCCAAGGAACAGAUUUGUUGCAGGGGGUCAUAAAAAGAGCCCUGCUGGGUUGGGCCAAAGGCCUAUCAUGGUCCAGCAUUUUGUUCUCACAGUGGCUAACCAAGAGUCCUAUGGGAAGCUCACAAGCAGUACCAGAGUGCAGUGGGGCCUUCCUCACCUGAGGGUCACUCCAAAUGAUAUUCGGAGGAAUCCUGCUUCUGACAGGGGAGGGAGAACCUAGCCAUAGUGGUUCAUAGCCUUAUCUACCAUGAAUUUGCCUUUUAAAGCCAUCCAAGUUGGGGGUCGUCACUACAUAUUUUGGGAGCAAAUGCCCUAGUUUAAACUCUGCAGUUUGUGAAGAAGAACUUCCUUUUUCCUGUCUCGAAUCUUCCAUCUUCAAUGGGAGCUUUUUAAAACAUUAGUCUUCAUGGGAGCACCCUGAGUUCCUAUAUACCUCUAUUCCUAUUUGUAUUUUUGGACCUUGCAUUUGCUUGGGCCAUAAUUUACCUUUUCCUCUUCUCUCAUUCGGAGUCUCCUAUGUGGCGUUGUGGUUGCGUCAACAGUGCGCUGUGGAGUACCCUCCCCACCCCCCAACCAGGAUGCCUUUCUCAAUCAACUCGUGGGGAUAUAAGUGGGCAACCCAAAACAGGCAAUAGUUUUUGCCUUCUGUUCACCACACCUGUCCCAAGGUUGCCCAGCUUGCAAAAAAGAAUUAACCAAUUAAAUAUGCUACUUUCUAUAUCUAAAAGCAAGUAGCCUCUCUGAAACCUUUGCUGAAAUCUUCUUGUUGGGCCUCAGAGGGUGGGAUCCUGGUCUGACCCCCAACUCCUGUCCCCCGAAGACUCCCUCUUGUAGAACAAGCCCCUCACAAGCUCCUCUUGCUGCCAGUAUCCAUGCCAGUUCAGCCUCCCCACAUGAUCUUCCUUAGGAAAUGUGGGGCAUGCUCAGUUUCCUACUCGCUCUUGGAGAAUGGUGUGCAGGCCUUCAUUCCUUCUUGUGCCAGUAUGGGAUGAUGGCUUCCAGUCUUGGGGGAAGAGGUGUAGCAUGGAUUGUGUGCCACUGAGUGAUGGUGUGCCUGCCCCUAGAUUUGGGCCUCUGCAGCUGAUUGAUCCUUGUGCUGUUCCAGCCCAUGACCCAUGGAUGACACAGCUGAUAAUGCCAAGGUUGCAGGUUUGAUCCCCAUAUGGGACAGCUGCACAUUCCUGCAUUGCAGGGGGUUGGACUAGAUGAUCCUCAGGGUCCCAACUCUACAAUUCUAUGAUUCUGUGUCAUCCUAAUGUCCAUAUGGCGCUCGCCCUUUUGCUUCCCGGUUCCUUCACUGCUUAUAGUUCACUUUCCCUUUCUUUGUUAGGCUCUUAAGUCUUUCUGAAGAUGAGGAACAGCAAAGGCUCCAGGGGUUGAUAGCUUUCUGGCAAUUCUAACAGACCUGUGCUGGAGGAAUUGGUGCCAAAUGAUUGUUAACUUCUUGUUGCUGGGGAAAUCCUUCAGAACUGGUUAGAGCAGAGGUAGCAAACCUAUGGCCCUUCAGUUCUGAGACUCCCCAAACAGCCCAUGCCUUAGAGCAGGCAUGGCCAAACUUGGCCCUCCAGCUGUUUUGGGAAUACAGCUCCCAUCAUCCCUAGCUAGCAGGACCAGUGGUCAGGGAUGAUGGGAAUUGUAGUCCCAAAGCAGCUCAAGGGCCAAGUUUGGCCAUGCUUGAGUUAGAGGUACAUGUGGUGUUCAAAAUGCCAGGCACAUGUGUUGAUACCCAUGCUGGCUAGGACUGAUGGGAGUUGGAAGUCCAGCACAUCUGGAGGGCACUUGGUUGGCCCCAGGGGGGAGGGCUGAAAUAGAAUAUAUGGAAAGGGGUUGUUCUGGUUUUCUAUAUAGAAGGUAAAGGGAAGGGAAUUAUUAGGUAAAUAAGCAAGUUGUGCCUGGUCCUGGACAGGGUUGGCCUGGCCACUGUGACCCCUAUAUUGGUAACCUCAAGACUGGACUGUUAUAACACACACUGUGUGGAGCUGUUCUGGAAGCUGCAGCUGGUAUGAAAUGCAGCUGCUAGGCUGCAGGCUGGGGCAACAUGUGCAUGUUACACUAAUCCAAGGAGUUGCACUGACUGCAAACAGGCUGCUGGGCCAGGCUUUUAAGGAUUUUGGUAAUGACUUCUAUUGCCCUAAGCAACUUGGUACCAGGAUACCUGAGGCUCUUCCUGUUGGGCUGCAGCCUAUGGAGCUACAGUUUGCAGCCACUGGAGGGAGAGUCUUUUCAGUGGUGGCACCCAUACUAUUAAACCACCUGCCUUCUGAGAGUGGAAAAUACAGUAUGCCUAAACCUCAUUACUUUGCACAUCUUAAAACCACAUUGUGCCGUCAGGAUUCUGGUGCCGUUUGGUCUCAGAAUAAAGCUACCCUAGAUUUUCAGUUGUGUUUCCUUCCCACAUUUUAAUGUUUUGAUAAAUGUAUUUUAAUAUUGUUGUACACCACCGUGAGACUUGAUGUGGGAGGUGGUAUAGAAAUGUUUUAAAUAAAGUAUUAGUUAUAAAAUC